GUGUCAGGUCUGCAAAUACGGUAAGCGACGGAGGGAGGGAGGGACGGACAGUCAGGCGGCAGCACACGGGGACCACAGGACGGGUCCUCAUGGCAGCAUGGCAGAGUAUGGAUGGAGCCUCUCCCCAGAGCUACAGAAAAAGGCAUUCACAGAGCUCCAUGAAGUUCCCGAGAAGCGACAGUCCUGUAUCCAUGCGGUACGGGAGCAGAUUGUGACCAGACCUGACAUCAAAUUUUUACGGACAGAUGAUGCUUUUAUUCUACGCUUUUUGCGUGCUAGGAAAUUUGACACCACCGAUGCCUUUCGGCUGCUGUCCCGUUAUUUUGAAUACAGACAGAGUAACAAGAACCUGUUUAAAAAGUUCUUUGCGGCAGAGCCAAGUAUAAAGGAAGCCUUGUUGGACGGAUUACCUGGCGUGCUGCCCCACAGUGAUCAUUUCGGGCGGAGAAUAUUGGUGCUGACCUCCGCUAACUGGGACAAUACUCGCUAUGGGUUAGCGGCAAUAUACCGUGCAAUAUUGCUGACGAUGGAAAAGUUGAUUGAUGAUGACGAGACUCAGAUUAAUGGCUCUGUUAUUAUCGUGGACUGGAGUCAGUUUACCUUUAAACAAUCUACCUGGUUGAAUCCUAAAGUCCUGAAACUGAUGAUAGAGGGUUUACAGGACUGUUUUCCGGCCAGAUUCGGAGCAAUACAUUUUGUGAACCAGCCGUGGUAUAUAGAAGCUGUCUUCAAGAUGAUUAAGCCAUUUCUCAAGGAGAAAAAUAAGGACAAAAUAUUAAUGCAUGGCAUCAACGUAGCCACACUACAUAGUCACAUUCACAAGGAGAUCCUGCCUGCAGAGCUAGGUGGUACAGAACCUCCUUACAACAACCUAUCCUGGGCCAAGCAGUUGAUAGGGGAUGAGACGUUCAGCUUUGGGGACAAGCACAUAUACUGGCCAAACCACGGUGUUUUCAAGACAAGAUCAGAGACAUUUCCAUUAGAUCAGUUUUCCAGUGAGACGAAACCGAAAGAAGAUCGACGAGGAACACACCUUGACGAGGAAUUCUUCUUGUUAGAAUGAUCAACAUUGUCCACAAGAACUUGUUGUUUGUAUUUUUCAUGUUGUUGUUUCAUACCAAAAACGGAAAAACCCUUUGAAUCCGAGAAAACUUUCUACCAAAAGGUUUUCAUGCGUAAUUUUGACUUAAUGUGCUUGUUUUCGUCAAAUAAAUACCAGCCAGAGGACAAAAUAUUCAUCGCACCAAUUUUGACACAGAUUGACUGGAGGAUGCAAUCAAAGAUUUUAUUGACACUCUUAAGCCUGAUGGUGAUAUAUUUUUUUUUGCUUUGAAAUAUUAGCUUUAAAUACUUACACUGGUGGAUAACACAGCCACUUGUGAAAUUAAUCGUCAGUAAUCAAAUAAUUGACCUUGAAAAAUACAGAC